UCAUGUCUUAUUCAUUUAAGAAUUCCUAAUGGCAAGCAAGAAAAAAAGAGUUAAAAUCAAGGCGUUAAUCAUAAUCAAGAAAGUUCAAUAAUAUCAAAGCUUAGGUUCAAAUUAAUAAUUCAGCAUUUAAUUGUAGAAACUAUUUUAGUAUUUAGAUCUCUCAAUUGAAGCACCUCCAUCACUUAAACCGGCUAAGAGAUAUUGCGAUGUAACUGGAUUCGAAGUAGCAAAAAAAUAUAUUUUAGGCAAAAUAUAAAGAUCCUGUUACUCAAUUAUAUUACUGUGAUUCAAUUGUUUUCAAUUAUAUUCGAAAUUGUCCAAAGGCAACUGCAGAGACAUAUUUAAAUAUAAGAGGGUGCACUUAAAAAUUAAUUUCUUGAAC